AUGUCUAACCCAAAUGAAGCUAUAAAUGACUUUCUAAUCGAUGAAAAUACGAAUAGUCAGAGUCAUCCGGAUACAAACACUAAUACCAACAAUAGCAGUAAUGGUAACAAUACGAGCCGUAGUGGUAGUAAUAACCACAAUAAUGAAGAUUUCGAUUAUGAAAUGCAAGAUUUAAGACAAAAUAAUAACAAUAGUGCCAACACUUACAGUUCCAGACCAACUACAAGUUACAUACCACAGUACACAAUAAACACAUUCCCUAUACAAGAAGUCGUACCGAACUCUCAAAUGGCUAUGGCUACAGGUAUGGACAUGAAUAAUGAUGCAAGAGGUUUAAGAGGAAGAACAAACACAGUUUCUGCUAAUGUUCUUAACGUCAGUGAUUUUUAUAGCGAUAAUAAUAAUCAGUUCCAUUCUAAUGAUCCAAAUGAUAAUAUAAAUAACGACAACAACAGUAAUCAUGCAAAUCAGGACAAUAACUAUGAUGAAAAUACAGAAAAUAAUGUUCCUAUGAUGGUUAAACCAAAGACAUUAUACCAAAAUCCUCAAACUCCAACAGUUUUACCAUCUACAUACCAUCCAAUCAAUAAAUGGUCAUCUAUCAAACAAUCUAUCUUCAAAGAAUUUUUGGCUGAGUUCAUGGGGACUAUGAUCAUGAUCCUUUUUGGUUGUGCAGUUUGUUGCCAGGUAGAAAUCGGCGGUAGAGCUCAGGAAAAUGCUUUUAACGAAGCUUUACAAGCGUUGAACAAUACUGCAGAUGCUGAAAAUAUUGCCGUUAUACAAACAUUACAAAACCUUGUAUCAUCUACUGGCGCAGGUACCUUCGAUAAUAUUCCAUUAGGUUGGGGUGCUGCUGUUCUUAUGGGUUAUUUCGGUGCAGGUGGUAGUGCUAUUUCAGGUGCUCAUUUAAAUCCAGCAGUCACCGUCUCAAAUUUCAUAUUCAGAGGAUUUCCAGCUAAGAAAGUUAUGUGGUAUAUCUCUGGUCAAUUAUUAGGUGGGUUUGCAGGUGGUUUAAUUUGUUUAAUCUUAUACAAGAAAGUCAUCGAAGAAAAUUAUUCAGAUUGGAAAUCAAAUAUAACAGUCUCAGGGUUUUUCGUAACUGUGCCAAAAACCUAUUUAUCAACUUCUCGUCAAGUUACCUCUGAAUUUAUUACAACCGCCACCUUCCAAGCUGGUUUAUUUGCCUUGACCGAUCCAUAUACCUCCUUAGCAUCAGAGGUUUUCCCCAUUAUGUUAUUCAUCUUAAUUUUCAUCUUAAACGCAGCCAUGUCAUAUCAAACAGGUUGUGCAAUCAAUAUGGCUCGUGAUUUCGGCCCUAGAUUGGGUCUUUAUGCGGCUGGAUUCGAUAGAGCAGUUUUAUGGGAAAGUAAUCAUCACUAUUUCUGGGUCCCAAUGUGUGUUCCAUACAUAGGUGCCGUCACAGGUGGUCUUAUUUACGAUAUUUGUGUUUAUCAAGGUCAUGAAUCUCCUGUCAAUUGGCCAUUAUCGUUAUAUAAAGAAAUGAUUACCAAUUGGUGGUUUAGAAGACCUGGCUGGAAGAGAAGAAAUAGAGGUAGAUCCACUUCAGACUUAAGUGACUUUUCAUUCCAAAAUGAUGAUGACAAUGCUAGUGAUAUAAUUAAAAACACUGAAGAUGGGGACGAACCGAUACAAGGAAUUCUCAAAUCAAAGAAAUCAAGAACUAAAACAACUGAUCCAAAUGUCACUGACGAUGCAGAAAAUGCACAUAAAUCUGUUUCAUUCAAAUCGGUUCAAAGAGGUAAAAGAAUGUUUGGUGGUGUCCCUACUAUUCUAGAAGAAAAUGAUUCCAUUGAAACAGCUUCAUUAGGUGCAAAAUCUUCAAAUGAUUCUGAUAUGUAUUCUGAAACUUCAUCUCUACCACAGUUCACAUCACACAUUGAAAAGAGACCAGAAUAG